AUGCUGCUCACUGUGUACUGUGUUCGGAAGGACCUCUCCGAGGCCACCUUCUCCCUCCAGGUCAGCCCUGACUUUGAGCUGCACAACUUCCGUGUCCUCUGUGAGCUCGAGUCUGGCAUCCCUGCCGAGGAAAUUCAGAUUGUCUACAUGGAGCGACUCCUUGUCGACGACCACUAUUCCCUGGGCUCCUAUGGCCUCAAAGACGGCGACGUCGUCGUCUUACUUCAGAAGGAGAAUGUGGGGUCCCGGGCUCCGGGACGGACAUCCAGCCUGCCUCAGAGAGAUUUCCCCGGGACAGCCGUGCCCGGGACGUCCAGCUCCCGGCACCAGCAUCAGCACCAGCACCAGCGCACACAGUCGGUCCAGCAGUCCCGCGGCAUGGGCUCCGGAGAGAAGAUGAGCUCUGCGCAAGGACUGGACAGCCCCGCCCUGAUCCGAAGCAUGCUGCUCUCCAACCCCCAUGACCUGUCCCUGCUGAAGGAACGCAACCCCGCCUUGGCUGAAGCCCUGCUCAGUGGAAACCUAGAGACCUUUUCCCAGGUCCUGAUGGAGCAGCAAAGGGAAAGGGUCCUGAGGGAGCAAGAGAGAUUUCGCCUCUACUCGGCUGACCCAUUUGAUUUGGAAGCUCAGGCCAAAAUAGAGGAAGAGAUCCGGCAGCAGAACAUUGAGGAAAAUAUGAAUAUCGCUAUGGAAGAGGCCCCUGAGAGUUUCGGACAAGUGGCCAUGCUCUAUAUCAACUGCAAAGUGAACGGACAUCCUUUGAAGGCUUUUGUUGACUCAGGUGCCCAGAUGACCAUUAUGAGCCAAGCCUGUGCUGAGAGAUGUAAUAUCAUUCGGCUAGUGGACAGAAGAUGGGCUGGGAUUGCCAAAGGUGUGGGCACACAGAGAAUUAUUGGCCGAGUUCACCUAGCUCAGAUUCAAAUCGAAGGUGAUUUCUUACAAUGUUCUUUCUCUAUACUCGAGGAGCAGCCCAUGGACAUGCUUCUAGGGCUAGAUAUGCUCAGGAGACAUCAGUGUUCCAUCGACCUGAAGAAAAACGUGCUGGUGAUCGGCACGACUGGCACACAGACUUACUUUCUUCCUGAGGGAGAGUUACCUCCGUGCGCUAAGUUGGUAAGUGGAACUGGACAAGACGAGUCUUCAGACAAGGAAGUAGCAGAUACUAUUAAACAUUCAGUCAUGAAUUCGGGACGAAAAAAGCAUUGA